AAAAAAGAUGGUGGGGACCACUUUGUACAACGGAAUAAUUCAAAGUUUGAAACACAACAUUUCUUUGCUACAAAUUUGAUUUUCUCAAACAAAACCGCCCAAUUCUUCUGCAUUUCUGCUUUCGUUGAGCCAUGCCUACUCCAACAACACUGUUUCUAUGCUUUAUUACACUCUCGCAUUUGGCGUUUCUCUCCGCGGGAGCUGAUUCUGAACUCUCCUCAGCUGCUAAUGGGCCUGCGACAUUGCAGCUAUCUCCCACCUUGAUAGUGGAAAAUUCUCCAGGUUCCAAGCCUGGAGCUAAAAUUAAAUGUGGGAGAGUUCUAAUUCAUGGUUUGCCUAGGAUCAAACAUUUAAACAAGUUUGCUAAUUCAAUGAAGGUAAAAGUUUCGCAUGCAACCUCAACUGGCCGUCCACCAAAUAUAUAUGUCUGUUUCCACAGGAAUGUAACUCUUGAGAUAGGAAUGUGCCCACACGACCAGUGGGAAAGACUUUCAAAUGGGUCAUGGAUUAAACCAAUGUCUCCUUUUGAUCACAAAGUCAUAGACAUAAGGAUGGGGGCUUCUUAUUCUGAAAAUAUUCAAGUUUCUCUUGAUGAAGAGUUCUUUUUGUAUAGGAUAAUAUUCCUAAUUUCUGGAAUAGUGUUGAUGAGUUUGGCUUCUAUGCUCAGCAAGUCCUUAGUUUUCUAUUACAGUGGUGCCAUGGCUGCAGGGGCUUUACUUGUGAUAUUAAUGGUCCUUUUCCAGGGGAUGAAGCUACUUCCAACUGGCCGAAAAGGCUCAUUUGCAAUAGUUUUGUACUCCUCCUUUGUUGGCGCGGGAACCUUUCUACUUGGCUAUGUGCCAAGAUUGCUACGUUCACUAUUGGUCGAGAUUGGACUUUCAGAAGAUAUGUAUUAUCCUCUGCUAAUUUUUCUGAUUAUUUUCCUUCUAAUUGCUGGAUCUUGGUUGGGUUUUUGGGCUGUACGCAAGCUUGUAAUCACGGAUGAUGGAUCUAUUGAUGAUGGUGUAUCUCAAUUUGCCACUUGGUCAAUUCGUAUUAUUUCCUCUGUCUUGAUCCUUCAGAGCUCUAUAGAUCCUUUAUUGGCAAUAGAUGCAUUGAUUGGUGGAAUUUUAUUCUCUUUGGGGUUGAGGUCCAUCCAGCCGAAGCUUGUUCGCCGUGCUUACAAAAAGUUAAGUAGAUCGACCAAGAGCAACGUGAGAGAACCUGUUUAUCCAUAUGGAUCGCCAAUUGCCAAUUCUUCUGCCUCCAGACCUCCAAUCAGAACUUCAUAUACUCCUAUUCAAGGUCAAACUAGUAAGUCACCAAUAAAAGAUUCGGAGACUUUCUAUUCUUCAUUCCACGAUGCUCCUUAUCAAAGAAAAUUUGCCAAGGAUGAAUGGGAAGCAUUCACAAAGGAGUCCACACGCAAAGCCUUGGAAGAGCUGGUUGCUUCACCAGAUUUCAACAGAUGGGCUGUCUCCCAUGCCGAUAGGAUAACCCUAGCUCCUAAGAAAGAGGAUGCAUAUAAGCAGAGGAGAUGGUUUCAGUGGUUAUAAGAUUCAUUCACACCUCUGUUUGUUGAAUCACCACUGUAAACCUUCUAAAGAAUCUAAACUAACCAAGUUUAGUUGACCAACUGCUCUCUCCAAUUUGCUAUAAGUAGCUAUAACAGUAACUGGGAAUUGAUUGUGACCGAUGUAAAUCUAAAUAUCUUUGACGAUUAUUGCUAGAUGAGCAUUAGGCAUGUUUCAGCUGUGUAGCUUUUGAUAGGAGUCCAGUGCAUUAUAAUUUCUUUCUGAACCUAACCAACUACUAAGGUGAGAAAAGUUUGAUCCUUAUUCUUAAGGAAUGUGAAUCAGUAUUAAGAAUUAUCUAGCAUAGUUGCGUGUGGUAGUUGACGCUUCUCUCUUUC